AUGGCUCAGCAGGGAGUUUUGCUGGACCAGGACCAGUUCUGUUGUUCUGUCUGUCUGGAUCUACUGAAGGAGCCGGUCACCAUCCCCUGUGGACACAGUUACUGUAGAAGCUGUAUUGAGGGCUGCUGGGAUCAGGAUGUUCUGAAAGGGGUCUAUAGCUGUCCUCAGUGCAGACAGACCUUCACUCCAAGGCCUAAUCUGACGAAAAGUAACAUAUUGGCUGAGGUGGUGGAGAAACUGAAGGAGUCAGGACUCCAGGCUGCUCCCCCUCCUGCUCUGUGCUAUGCUGGACCUGGAGAUGUGGCGUGUGAUUUCUGCACUGGGACCAGAAAGCAGAAAGCCCUCAUGUCCUGUCUGGUGUGUCUGGCCUCUUACUGUGAGAUUCACCUCCAAUCUCACUAUGAAUUUCCUGGUUUCAAGAAGCACAAGCUGGUCAAAGCCACCGCACAACUACAGGAGAAGAUCUGCUCUCAUCAUGACAAACUGCUGGAGGUUUACUGUCGUACCGAUCAGCAGUGUAUCUGUUAUCUGUGUACAAUGGAUGAACAUAAAGGCCAUGAUACAGUGUCAGCUGCAGCAGAGAGGACUGAGAAACAGGACUGA